AUGGCGGAGAGGUACCUCUCUCAGGGAUCUCCCUCCUCAGGGUUGACCAGCGGAUCCAACUCCAUCCAUGGCUCCUUCGGGAAGAGACGGCAGCACCACCAGAAACGCCAUUGCAGGCCAAUCUCCGGCGGCGCCCCAUUCGUCCUCUGCAACUUCUGCAUGCGACUCCUCCAGCUCCCCGUUGACUUCCUGGUCUCCAGAGGAAGACGCCACAAGCUCAGGUGCGGAAGUUGCUCCCAGGUCCUCGUCUUCUUCUUCCACGGCGGCGGCCACAUCCAGGAGGAGGAACCCGUCUCCUUCUCCGACGAGUUUGGCCCGCCGGUGAGCAAGAGCUACUCCACCGACGGCGAGCCGCCGGCGGAGCGGCGGCGUGGGAAGCAGCAAGAGGGGUUCCCCCUCCACCGCCUCAUGGGGUACCCUUCGGCCCGCGACGUGAUCUGCCAGCCCUGCGAGGAGGACGACAACAGGUACGACCUCUACGAUUCCUACGACGAGGCACACUUUCACGAGGGGGGGAUCAGCCGAUCUCCCGAGGAAGAAGACGACGAAGCGCAGAGGGAGUUCAGAGAAGAGAAGAAGACCUGGGCGGACGAUAAGAAAGCGGAGGGGCUGCUCAUCAAGAGGCCAUCCCUCCCCUCCGUGGGCUGA